AACCGAAAGUAACGUCCAACACGACACCACCUUCAAAAAGGAAUGAAAUAUAUCGCAUUAAACGUGUCUAUAUAUACCCCCUCACCUACCUUCAAUCUUCUUUCUUUCCGCAAUCUCGCUAAUUUCAACUAAGAGAGAGAGAGGAGAGAGAAAGAAGAGAGAGAGAGAGAGAAUGGUGGCCCGUCGUGCUCGUUGCUGGGGAGACGGAGAAGGCGGGACGCUCCAAAGGGGGGCAGUGUGGGGGUACGGCUCCGGGCCUCGCCGGGCGCCCCCAUACCUUCCAGUACUCUUAGAAUCCAAAUCUCUUUCCCCUUUUGUUGCGGUCGAAAUUGUGAAAAUGAUGGAAGUCGACACAAGUUCACAAGCUAACGGUAUCAUGACUAUGGGUGUCAACAACAAAAAUACAAGAUUUAUUGAGAAGCAACCACUAGAGGGCCCGGUGCCAAGAAAUGAAGCAAAAAAGAAGCCAGAAGGCAAUGAAAGUAGCACCCCUGUAUUUAUAAAUCAUGGUGCAAUAGCUUGGAAUGAAGGUAGAAGACGAUGGGUCGGAGAUCAAUCUCAAAAACCAAGACGAAUGCCAAAAGAUCCAAUUAUAAGCUGGUCAGCAACUUAUGAAGACCUGCUAUCAACAAGCAACAGAUUCUCUGAGCCGAUUCCUUUAUCAGAGAUGGUAGAUUUCCUAGUUGAUAUCUGGCAUAUGGAAGGUUUGUUCGAGUAGAUAACUAACGAGAAGUCCAUCAUGAGCUGAUUUAGGUGUUUCUUGAUGUUAAAACAAAAUAGAUGCUAUAGACUUUUAGUUGUGUAGCAAGAAACCAUUCAUUACUUAGCUAAUGACCAGACCACCCAUUUCUUAAACCAAGGUUAUUUCUAAUCUGCAUUUCAAUCCAUAUUUUUCGACAUGUACAAAUAGGAAUUUGAAUUUUAUUGUAAGGAUACCGUUUUGAACUCUUCCGGUGAUUGUGGGCAUGGAAUGAGUGUUCAAAUGGAGUGUACGCAAUGAUUAUUGCUGUUUCAGGCCAAA